AUUACUUUGCAUAUUUCCCCGAGGACGAAGAAGGUUUCGCCGGACUUUUAAUAAAUUACAAAUGAAGUAAAAAUGGAAGGUUUGAUCCCUGUCAUCAAUAAAUUACAGGAUGUUUUCAACACUGUCGGAUCAGAAACAAUCCAGCUUCCACAAAUAGUGGUUAUCGGUAGUCAGAGUGCUGGAAAGAGCUCAGUAUUAGAGGGUUUGGUAGGGCGAGACUUUCUGCCCCGUGGCACGGGUAUUGUGACCAGGAGACCUCUGGUCCUGCAGCUUAUACAAGUAACCAGAGAUGACACAGAGGCAAGAACACUUGAUAAUGGAGAGGUAAUCAAAGCUGAAGAAUGGGGAAAAUUCCUACAUACAAAGAACAAAAUCUACACAGACUUUGAAGAAAUACGAGAGGAGAUCAGCAAUGAAACAGAGAGAAUGGGAGGAACUAACAAGGGUAUUUGUCAAGAGGCAAUAAACUUGAAGAUUUUCUCACCACAUGUGAUCAGUCUGACGUUAGUGGAUCUACCUGGUAUGACAAAGGUACCUGUAGGGGAUCAGCCAUCUGAUAUAGAGAUACAGAUACGUGAAAUGUGUCUGCAUUAUAUAGGAAAUCCCAACUCGAUUAUUCUAGCCGUCUCUGCAGCAAAUACUGACAUGGCAACUUCAGAUGCUAUCAAACUGUCUAAAGAAGUAGAUCCUGAUGGUCGUAGAACAUUGGCAGUUGUGACAAAACUCGACUUGAUGGAUGCUGGAACAGAUGCAAUGGAAAUACUGUGUGGACAUGUGAUUCCUGUCAAACUUGGAAUUAUAGGAGUUGUUAACAGAAGUCAGGCUGAUAUAAACAAAAGAAAGGAUAUGCGAGAGGCAUUGAAAGAUGAAGCUUCAUUUCUACAGAAAAAAUAUCCGAGUAUAGCCAGCAGAAAUGGGACAGCACAUCUUGCAAAAACUCUUAAUAGGUUGUUGAUGCAUCAUAUUCGAGAUUGUCUACCAGAAUUAAAGACAAGAGUUAAUGUUCUUAUAGCACAGUUCCAGUCCCUUUUGAACACAUUUGGAGAACCUAUUGAAGAUAAGAGUCAGUUACUGUUACAGAUUAUAACUAGAUUUGCAUCAGCUUAUUGUUGUACAAUAGAGGGAACUUCUCGUAACAUUGAAACCACCGAAUUAUGCGGUGGAGCUAGGAUCUGUUAUAUUUUCCAUGAGACAUUUGGACGAACAUUAGAAAGUAUAGAUUCCCUUGGAGGACUUAGUACAAUGGAUAUAUUAACUGCUAUUCGAAACGCAACUGGACCAAGGCCGGCCUUAUUUGUACCAGAUAUAUCGUUUGAGUUGCUAGUGAAGCGACAGAUAAAAAGAUUAGAGGAACCAAGUUUACGAUGUGUGGAAUUAGUUCAUGAAGAAAUGCAGAGAAUUAUUCAACAUUGCGGAACACAGCAGGAGAUGUUGCGGUUCCCUAGACUUCAUGACAAGAUACUAGAUGUUGUUACACAUUUACUGCGAAGAAGACUACCUCCCACAAAUAGUAUGGUAGAAAAUAUAGUUGGUAUAGAGUUAGCAUACAUUAACACUAAGCACCCAGACUUCCAUGAAGCACAGAUGGUGCAUAAAGCAGUUACCAAUGACACAGAUGGUAUGAGACAGUUACAGAAAGAGAUGCAACAUAAAGUACACAUGCAGCAAAUUGAGGAAAAGGAAAACAGGGCACCUUCACCAUCAAGAGACCCCAGUACUGGAGGAAACUGGAAAAUUUCAAACUUGUUACGCAAUAAUCGUAUGGAACCAGGAGGAUCAGGGGAUAGCUUAGUAGUACCACCAGGGUCUGAGCCACAGUCCCAACCCAGCAGUAACCCCAGUAGUGCUACUGCCUCACCAGCCCAUGCUAGAAAAGGAAUUAAUCUUCUUCCAGAGGUGCCAAAAACAAUUGCAGCUCGAAAAUUAACAAAUAGGGAGCAUAGGGAGGUGGUUAUAGUAGAAAAACUGAUCAAAUCGUAUUUCAUGAUAGUACGAAAGAACAUACAGGACAGUGUUCCCAAGGCUAUUAUGCACUUCCUAGUUAAUUAUAUAAAGGACAACCUACAAAGUGAACUAGUCAGACAGUUAUAUAAGAGGGAGGAGAUAGACAUGCUUCUAGAAGAGUCGGAACAUGUCGCAACACGCAGGAAAGAAGCACAGGAAAUGGUUCAGGCACUCACUCGAGCCAGUCAUGUGAUAGGUGAGAUCCGGGAGACUCAACUCUGGUGAGCCUAGAUGUCUAGUUUAUGAUGUUUAUAUAACAGUUAGUGUUGAUGUUGGAUCGCAGUGGAAUAGGAACAGUAAUCUACAAAUUGCACCAGUUAAUGGAACAGCUGAUUGCUGCAACAAAUGCCACACCAGUGAUGCAGCUAAUUUGAAAUAUAAAACAUUGCAUUUUAUUGUAAAAGAAAAUGUCUAUACUUCCCUACAUAGUGGAGUAGUUACAUUGUGAUCUGACUCGGGUUCGGGUUACUAAAUCUUGGUAUUUGACAUACCAUACAAGAAUAUGAAGUACCGGUAAUAAUAUUGUAGAUUAUAAAUAUCAUUACUUGUAGAUUAAAAUGAUAAAAUGUUUAAGUUAAUGUACACUAUACUUUCAGAAAAAAUGAAGAAUUCUGCAGUUGGAUUAGGGAAUAGAAAAUGCUUUUUACAGGACUGUAUUUUUAGCUCACCUGAGCACGAAGUGCUCAAAGGUGAGCUUUAGUGACCGCCCUGUAUCCGUCGUCCGUCCGUCCGUCGUCAACAAUUUGACUGUUAACACUCUAGAGGUCACAUUUUUGGCCCAGUCUUAAUGAAACUUGGUCAGAAUGUUACCCUCAAUAAAAUCUUGGACGAGUUCGAUAUUGGGUCAUCUGGGAUCAAAAACAAGGUCAUCAGGUCAAAUCAAAGGAAAAGCUUGUUAACACUCUAGAGGUCACAUUUUUGGCCCAAUCUUAAUGAAACUUGGUCAGAAUGUUACCCUCAAUAAAAUCUUGGAUGAGUUCGAUAUUGGGUCAUCUGGGGUCAAAAACUAGGUCACCAGGUCAAAUCAAAGGAAAAGCUUGUUAACACUCGAGAGGUCACAAUUUUGGCCCAAUCUUAAUGAAACUUGACCAGAAUGUUAAUCUUGAUUAUCUUAAGAUCCAGUUUGAAUCUGGGUCAAUUAGGAUCAAAAACUAGGUCACCAGGUCAAAUCAAAGGAAAAGCUAGUUUACACUGUAGAGGCCACAUUAUGACCAUAUCAUAAUGAAACUUGGUCAGAAUGUUAAUCUUGAUGAUCUUAAGGUCAAGUGUAAAUCUGGGUCAGGUGGGGUUAAAAACUAGGUCACUAGGUCAGAUCAAAGGAAAAGCUUUUUAACACUGUAGAGGCCAUAUUUAUGACUGUAUCUUCAUGAAACUUAGUCAGAACGUUAUACUUGAUGAUCUUUAGGGCAGGUUUGAAUCUGGGUCAUGUCGGGUCAAAAACUAGGUCACCAGGUCAAAUCAAAGGAAUAGCUAGUUAACACUUUAGAGGCCACAUUUAUGACCAUAUCUUAAUAAAACUUUGUCAGAAUGUUAAUCUUGAUGAUCUUUAGGUCAAGUUUAAAUCUGGGUCAGUUGGGGUCAAAAACUAGGUCACUAGGUCAUAUCAAAGGAAAACCUUGUUAACAAUCUAGAGGCCACAUUUAUAACUGUAUAUUCAUGAAACUUAAGUCAGAAUGUUAAACUUGAUGAUCUUUAGAUCAAGUUCGAAUCUGGGUCAUAUCGGGUCAAAAACGAGGUCACGGGGUCAAAUCAAAGGAAUAGCUAGUUAACACUUUAGAGGCCACUUUUAUGACCAUAUCUUAAUGAAACUUGGUCAAAAUGUUAAUUUGUUGAUCUAUAGCUCAAGUUCAAAUCUGGGUUAGGUGGGGUCAAAAACUAGGUCACCAGGUCAAAUCAAAGGAAAAGCUUGUUAACACUGUAGAGGCCGCAUUUAUGACUGAAUCUUCAUGAAACUUGGUCAGAAUGUUAAUAUUGAUGAUCUUAAGGUCCAGUUUGAAUCUGGGUCAUGUAGGGUAAAAAACUAGGUCACCAGGUCAAAUCAAAGGAAUAGCUAGUUAACACUUUAGAGGCCACAUUUAUGACCAUAUCUUAAUAAAACUUUGUCAGAAUGUUAAUCUUGAUGAUCUUUAGGUCAAGUUAAAUCUGGGUCA